AUGUCGACAGCCAACAUAUCGCCGGCGGGCGGCAGCACCUACGAUAGUAGUACUAUGUUCGUCGGCGACGGCACCUGGGACUCAUCGCGAAACAGCUUCCUGCUGCCCAACCUCCAAGGCCUCAACUUCGACACGAUGCGAUACAAUGGCAUGGGAAACCGCUUUCGAGAUCUACCGCAAUACCACAGUCUGGUCACUGGUCAUGCUGUAGUCGCAGCGAUCACUUUCGCAGUCAUUGUCCCCGCAGCAAUCUUCAUUGCGCGAUUUGGAUUCUUUCGGACGGAGGGGAGGCUGGCGUUCAAGAUGCACAUAUACCUACAGAUCCUGACUGUAUUUCUGGCAACGGUGGUGUUGGCGUUGGGAUGGUUUGCUGUAGGACCGGAAAGGAGUUUGUCGAAUCCGCAUCAUGGGAUUGGAGUUGCGAUAUAUGUUUGCAUUCUUGUACAGUUCUUGUAUGGCUGGUGGUUCGCUAAGAGGGAGCGCAAGAGGAAGACACCGCAUCCUACGAUACCGCUGAGGGUGCACAUACACAGACUUUUCGGAAGGUCGAUCGCGUUGCUUGCGUUCAUUCAGAUUGCGCUUGGGUUGACACUGUAUGGAUCUCCAAGGGCUCUGUUCAUUGUGUAUGCUUUGUGGGGCGCACUUUUGGUCUUCCUGUAUCUGGCCCUGGAAUACAAGAACAAGCCUAGACUAGGCGCUGGAGGACCACGAGCACCAUCAGAGUACUACUCAGAAUACUCUGAAGGCUAUGUCACCAGCGACCCUUCGCGAGUCACGGACAAUCGACGAAGGAGAGACAGCAGUCGAGAUAGUAGGAGUAGUAGAGGAGAGUCGCAUUGGGGGAGAAAGGUCUUAGCAGGUGCUGGAGCUCUGGGAGCAUACAAAUGGUGGCAAGGCCGGCGCGAUAAGAGGCGAGAUGGCAGAAGUGAUCGUUACGAAGAAAGUGAGAUCAGUCACUAUCCACCAGAUACUCCAGGGCGACAGAGCCGGCCACAAUCUUCGAUGGGACGACCUCCUCAAGGCCCACCAGGUGCUGGUUAUGGACCGCCUGGCCCAGGAUAUGGCCCAGGAUAUGGCCCAGGAUAUGGCCCAGGAUAUGGCCCUCCAAGUCAUGCACAAGAACCUCCUGGCCCGCCAAUGGGAGUGCCACCUCCCGCUACAUACGCAAAUGCAAGACCUCAAAGUCGUGGAAGUCACCGACCGCGGCGGCAAGAUGAGACAGUGAUGUCUCCGCAAAGCUGGGAGAAUGACGAGUAUGUUGACGAAAAGUAUGGAGGCCAGCCACCCAAGCGAUCAAAUACCUGGCGCGAUCGAAUUCUGGGAGCAGGUGCGGGCAUUGCAGCAGUCCAAGGUGUCAAGAGCAUGUUUGGAAGUAGGAAGCGACGCAACGAUGGUUAUGUGGACUCCGAGCUGAGCUAUCGACCCGGCGAUCAAAGCAUGGUCAGCCAGACCGAUGUCUCAAGAGUGCAAGCUGGUCAAGCACCGUUCUCUCCCAGUGACCCACGCAACAACCGCCCGGGCAACACCCAACCCAUGACACCAACACGACCAUCAAUGGGACGAAGGCCGACUGGAAGACCGCCGCCAGGUAGAGCAAGCGUAGAUUCAAUGUCAUAUGAUGACGAUGAAAGCUAUGCACCUCCUCGCAGGGACGACGUUGACGAUUCGCACACGCUGAGGAACAGUAUCGCUACGCUGGGUGUGGCAGCUGGAUUCCGCGAGUGGAACAAGCGUCGGAAAGAGCGUAACGAGCAACAGCGUACUGACCGCAUAAGACGGCAGGAGCUGGAUGAGGAGGAGAAGUUCAAUCGUCGAAACUCGAAUCGGUACCCAAGACCACAAGAUGCGAGCGGGAGAAGACAGAGCAUGUCUGGCACACUGAUGACAGGGCCAGAAGGACCAGAUCCUGCGCAAGGAAGCAACCCUGAGCUCUCAAGACACACCUUCCGGCCUGACACAUCACAUCCUCCUUUGCCAGCAGCCGCAGGUACAAUUCCAUCUUCUGGUGGUGGUCUCUCAAACAUGGAUGGCCAAGGUUUCACCCAGAAUAUCGUUCAGACCCAGCAACAGCAGCAGCAACUGCCGUACAAUCUGCCUCCGCCUCCACCUGGGCCGCCACCUCAUGCGGCCAAUCCAAUGGACUAUCCCCAGCCAGGCUCACUGCAGAUGCCGCAAGGGGCUAUCAUCCCUGACCCGUUGAGACUGAUGAACGAGCAUCACCAAGCCCAGCAGUCAUCAAGUCAAUUCUACCAAGACGGCACUUCUGCUGCUGCAACGGAAGCCGCAGCAAUCGCCGCAGCCAAUGCAGCAGCCGUCGGCGCACCACUAAGCCAGAGAACACAGUCACAGUCGCCUUCGCGGAGGAGAGACUCUCGGACGAGAAUGCACAGCGGCGCUCGACGAAACAGCAGUGCUGCAGCGUCAGGCUCGAGACUCGACAGCGGCGGUGUAGGUUCAGCCGGCAGUCCUCCAGUCAGCGUGAAGGUCAACAUGCAUCCUGACGGACGUCACGUCACGCUUCGGCGAUUGGGCGAAGAAGAAGCCGCAGCAGAACGCGCAGUGCGGCGGCGGGAGCGACGUUCACGAAGAGCCUCCAGUCUGAGCUCUGGUGGCGAGGAACCCUCACGGUACAGGCGAAACGGCGGCAUCCGACCCUCAAGUCAGCAACCUAUCACGAAUGUACCGCCGCCACCAGCCAUGUCGAGUUCGCUGGGAGGCAGCCAUCGACCACCCACGGAACUCAACUUACCACCAGUACCUCCCAUCGGCCAGAUCCCACAGGCGUCCAAGUCGCCGCAAGCACAGCCGAGUGGUCUCUUGCCAGCAGCGGGCCCUGCUGGCAGUGGUGCGGUGGGUAGUCCCGGCAAUGUCCCUGGGCAGAGCGAUAUGGGGACUGGAACAGAUGUUAGCGCGUUCGAUAAUAAUCGAAGAAGGAGAAGGGCAGAGAGGGCGAGGAGAGCGGAGGCUGCGAAGGCCGGCAAUAGGGUGGAGUUUGAGUGA